GCGGGGCGUGGCCGGCUACAAAGACGGCCGGCAGCUCGCAGGGCGCGGAGUAGUCGCUUCGCGGCGGACCGAGAAGCGGCGCGGGACGGCGUGGGGAACUCGGUUUCGGCCUGCGACACCCCCGCAUGCGCCGGCCGGCUCGGUAGCGGCGGCCCCGAUGCUGCUGCAGCCCUCGUGCGCCCCGAGUGUGUUUCCGCGGCCGUCCGCCGCCCCCGGCGCCAUGCACGGCUCACAGAAGGACACCACGUUCACCAAGAUCUUCGUGGGCGGCCUGCCCUACCACACCACCGACGCAUCGCUCAGAAAGUACUUCGAGGGCUUCGGAGACAUCGAGGAGGCCGUGGUCAUCACCGACCGCCAGACCGGCAAGUCCCGCGGCUACGGCUUCGUGACCAUGGCAGAUCGGGCAGCAGCUGAUAGGGCUUGCAAAGACCCUAACCCUAUCAUCGAUGGCCGCAAGGCCAAUGUGAACCUGGCCUACCUGGGUGCCAAGCCUAGGAGCCUGCAGACGGGCUUUGCUGUUGGUGUGCAGCAGCUACACCCCACCUUGAUCCAGCGCACCUACGGGCUGACUCCCCACUACAUCUACCCACCAGCCAUUGUGCAGCCCAGCGUGGUGAUCCCUGCCACCCCCGUCCCGUCACUGUCCUCGCCCUACCUUGAGUAUACACCAGCCAGCCCAGCCUACGCCCAGUACCCUCCAGCCACUUACGACCAGUACCCGUACGCUGCCUCACCUGCCGCGGCCACCAGCUUCGUGGGCUACGGCUACCCUGCUGCCAUGCCCCAAGCCUUGUCUGCUGCUGCACCUGCAGGCACCUUCGUACAGUACCAGGCACCUCAGCUACAGCCUGACAGGAUGCAGUGAGGUGCGUCCUGCCCAGGGCCACAGCCGCUACCUGCCAGCCUCGGGAGCCACCACCACUUGCGUCUCCUCCUCAGGCCCCGGGCUCCCUGCCCUGAAGGCACCAGCAAGCUCCUCUGCAGCCUGCCCUGCCUGAGGAAGGGCUCAAGGAGCAAGCUCUGCAGCCAGCCCUGCCAGGUGCCUUACUUGGGUGUGGACAGACGUCCUCCCUCCUCCUUGGGAACUGUCCUCUUGGUGGAACCGGGUUCCUGACACCCCUCCCAGUUGCCCCUCAGUCGAAGCACUGUGCCAUGUCCUGCUGGGAAUUUUCUGCCAUGCAGGCAAGACCAUCAUCACCAAGAACCCCAAACCUAUUUUUUACUUAGAGACUGGCGUUGGUCAGUAGUUCCCUGUGGAGACAAUGACAGUAUUUCUCUGUGCUGGUGUCACUGAUGGAGCUCCUCCUACCCCACAGGGUUGCCAUCACCAGACCGCAGCCCUGCAGGGCCCUGGGCUCCUGUCUGCUGGUGCUGCCCACCUCACCUGCAGAGGUGCCCAUCAGGGCGAAUUCUCAGGUGUCUGUUGCUGUGCCAUGGGGGCCUUCUUCCUGGCCCUGUGCCCCUCAGGCAGGCUCUGUGCCCACCCACCCUCCCAUUGUCACCUGUGCCAGUCUGGAGCAUGACCUAGCUGCACAGAGAGAAGGUCCACCCACGUCUGGGAGGGGAGGAGUGGGCAUCUCUGGCAGCAUGGGCUGCCCGCAGGCUGGGCAGUGGGUCCCUCCACACCUACCUCAGGGAGCCAGUGUGUAGGCACUUCACAGCAUGCCUGUUAGUCAAGGCCUGGAGGACAGAGGGAGUAAUGUUAUAAUAAUAUUUUUAUUAGAAUGUUCUGAUUAUAAAAAAUAAAACUUGUUUUCUUUAAAGAAAAA